AUGACACAACACUUGUCAGCAGAAAUCUCAGAACGCGACAUCACUCUUGAUGACAAAGUUGAAGAAGAACGUACACAGAUCAUUACAAACAUGAAGAGCAAAUUCGAAGACGAAAAGUCACAAAUGAACGAAGAAAUCAAGAACCUUAAAUCCAAACAAGUUGAAUUACAGAGUGAAGCCAACAAAUUGAACCGAACAAUUUCGGAACUUACAGCUGAAAACGAUAAACUUAAAUCGGAAAUCACAAAUCAACAGAAAGAAUUUGAUACUUAUAAAUCAACAACAGAAGAACGUUUUGAUAAAGAGAAGAACGAAAUGAAGAACCAUUACGACGCAACAAUCAAAGCUCUUGGACAACGAUGCAGCGAACUUAGUGAAGAUAUUGCUAAUUUUGCAGAAGAAUUAACACAAAGCGAAGUUAAAUAUUUAAAUAUUGACUGA